AUGGGGCCAACAAUCUGCAUGGGUGGUAUCUGCAUUCCGAUAUACGCGCUCCUGCCGUUCGUGUUUGUGGCGCUCCAGGGACUGUGGAACUGGUUUCGCAAGAACGUGCUUGGUCAAAACGACGACAAGAUUCCUGAGAAUAGUCGCGUGGUCCACGUGACGUCGGCGCAGCAGUUCGAAGAGCUUAUCGCCAAGGGCAAGACGACCAAGCGCUGUGUGGUUGUGGACUUUUCAGCUACUUGGUGCGGUCCUUGUCGCUACAUUGGCCCAAUCUUCCAUGAGCUGAGCGCCAAGUACCCACGCACCAUUUUUCUAAAAGUGGACGUGGAUGAGCUUAAAGCAGUGUCAACAAGCUGUGGCGUGACAGCUAUGCCGACGUUUCAGUUUUUCCACAGUGGCGUCAAGUGCGAUGAACUGCGCGGCGCAGAUAAGGACGCGCUAGAGGUGCGUAUCCAGAAGCAUUACGUGGAGGUUGAACUGCCCGAGGACGAGAAGCCGGUCGUAGCGGAGACUUCUGUCGCUAGAGAGAAGGCAGCUGAUGGUCCCUAUCAGCGGAAGUCACAGAUGGGGACGGUGACGUCAGAAACGUAA